CUGAUAUAAAAAGAAUUUUGUUGGAUAAAAAAUGACAUUAGAUCAGAAAAUACAACAUUAAAAUCAAAGCCAUUCUAAAACCAACCUGACAUGUUUUCUAAAUUUUGGUUAACGUGCACCAGUAUAUUGUGCAUACUGAUGCUAUCACAGUAUGCUGUGGUUGUACAAUGCAUAUGCGAGAACAUUCCAAUAUGUCAAUGGAGUCUUUGGCAUGAAUGGUCUUCUUGCAAUGCUACUUGUGGAUCCGGUAUGAAGUCCAGAUGGCGUAGCCCGUGUUGUGAUGCUUCCAAAGCGAACAGUUUUAUGGAAUGCAUCAAUGUCUGCAAUUUAUCUUCGUCUGCAUACAAAGACUAUCAAAGUUGUUCUGUUGCUUGUUCAACUCCACCAACUACACUAAAAACAACAGAAACAACACAAUCAACAAUAUCAACAGUGAUUUCUACAAUACUUCAACUAACCAAGGCGCUUGAGACAACAACCGUUCGACAUGUAACAACAACCCUAAAACCCAAAACAACAACAACAACGACAGCAACAACAACAAAAACAUCUGUAAUCACGACAGCAUAUCCCCAAACAAAGGCAUAUCCGACGACGACAACAACAUCAAAACCAAAAUCAUCAACCUCAGUGAAUGUCUAUUUAAAAUCUUCUCCUGAUGAACAAACAACAAGGCCAAUUACAAUGAGAACAACCACACCUUCAGGAACUACGAGUAAAACCAAAGCCACGCCAGCUUCGGUAUCACCUUCGGCAUCCAAAGCUGUUCUCUCAGGCGCUGCCAUUGCUGGAAUCGCCCUUGGGUCGCUUGGUGUAGCAGUGACAGUACUAGUGCUGAUAUUCAAGUACUCGAAGUUGAUGAAGCAAAAUCAGGUCAUGUUUGAAACCCUGGAUGACCAACCGUACAGGAAGACUAAGCUAAGACGAAUUCAUGUGGAAGAAAUUUGAUAGACAUUAACUGGACUCUGACACGAAAAUCUAAAUACGCUUGUAUAUUUAAUUUUCAUUUGUCAUUCAAAUUAAAUUGUU